CGCACCGGAUGAGUAACGUUAACGUUUGGCUGCAGUUUAUUAUUAUAAGGCAUACAUUAGACUGUGCUGCUGUUAUGAAUGUUUACAGACAACUCUACGUUCAUCUACAUCGAGCUGCUUGCGGGUUCUAGAUAAGACAUCCACGUUUCUAAAAUGGCUGAACAACACAAACAGCUGAAAAAGCGCCUCGUUUCUGUGGUUCUGUGAGAGGAUUUCUGUUGUGCUGGAUGCGGUGAACGGAAAAGCGAGAUUUAAACACUCAUGAUGGCACACGGGUCUUCGGAGGGCAUUUUGGAAUCGGAGCUGACCUGUCCCGUCUGUCUCCAUCUAUUCCUCGACCCCGUCACGCUUCCCUGUGCUCACAGCUUCUGUUUAAACUGUCUGGAAACACCAGAAAAAGCCUCUGGAUCUGAUCAAGAGCUCUGCUGUCCAGUGUGUGGACAGGAACAUCUCAGUCCAGAGUCUUUACCCAGAAACAUCAAGCUAAAACACAUCGUGGAGAGCUACAAAGUCAACAGUGCCAAUGGGGAACUUCAAUCCAGCGUAGAAGAGAAAACAACCGUCAAUAAUGAACAGACCAUAUUAACAGACUGUGAUAAAAACUCUCUAGAAGAUGAACGCAGCUCCAGAAUGAAUCCUGUGAUAGCCAGUCUUCAAGAAAAGCUCUGUCUGGUUGAUAAUCUGAUGAAUAGGGAAAAGGCCAGAGAGGCUGUGGUGAAAGCGACACAUGCAGAUCUGAGGGAAGAUGUGAAGAGCGUGAUGGAUGAGAUGGAGGAGCUGGUGAAGAUGUACAGAAACACGGGAGUGAAGCUCAUAGAGGCCGAACUGGAGCUCAGAGAAGAGGCUGCUGGGAAAAGAGUACAGAUGUUGUCUGAUCUCCAGAAUCAGCUGAGAGCGGCUGAAGGCCAGAUUAACACAAUAAUGGACGAGACCGACGAGUCGUGUUUUAGCGAUCGAGUUCAAGCUGUUGAAGAUCAAAUCUCCUGCUCGGAGUUGGAGUCUCUGCGGGAUGUUCCGGAUGAUCUACAGUUGUCCAGCAACUUGAAAAACGUCUGUGAGAUAAUCGAGCACCAGAAUACUCAAUUGCGUCUGGGUCUUGGAUCUGCUCAGCGAGCUCUGCGCGUCGUUCUCAAUCCAUCUGAAGUGACGUUUGAUCCUGAGACCGUCCACCCAAACCUGCUGUUAUCUGAAGAUCUCAAAACGGUGUCCUUCAGUGUGUCCAAGCAGCCCUAUCCGGCCAGUUCCCAGAGGUUCACCAGCUUCUUCCAGGCUUUGAGCACUCAGAGUUUCACCCGAGGGGAGCAUCUGUGGAGCUUUAAUGCUGAAGGUUGUCCGUGGGUAUUGGCCGUGUGUUACGGUGAGCUUCCCCGCUCCGGCUCUGGCAGCGGCUUGGAGUCCAGCUCUGGAUCCUGGUGUCUGAUGUACUGUGAUAACCUGCUGAGGGCGUAUGAAAAGGGUAAAGACACGCCACUGAGACGCACGCCGUCUCUGAAGAGGAUGGAGAUACGCCUCAGCUUCACUGCAGGCACUUUAGCGUUUUACAGCAUUAGUGAUGUGAGUGGGGAUAAAACUCUCCUGCACACUUUUAAAGUCAAUCUCACAAGCCCUGUGUAUCUGGCAGUGAGGAUGAUGUCUGGUCAACCCAAAGCACGCAUAACUCUCCACUAGUAAAAUCUGCUUUACUGCAUCUCAUAGUGGACUUUAGUUAUGGUUGAUGACUUAUUUGAUGACAGACAGCAAAUGCAUCACAGCAGAUUAGAUUAUUUUUGAUGCAAGUUUUCAUUGCAUCACAAUUUCGAGGGAAAAAGAAGCCAGAAUUGAGAUUAUGAUGCAAUUGAGAACUUGUGCAAAUUUAAGAAAUAAGCCUUUUCUCCCCUGAGAAUUCGACUUGGUCUCAUCUACAUGUUUUACUGCAUCUCAUGCCAGAAUUGCUAGUUCUUAAUUGCAAUUUUGACUUUAUAAUGCAAUUAUGAGUUAUAUAGUCAGAAUUGUGAGAUAUAAAAUGUGCAAAUUUAAGAAAUAAGACUUUUCCCCCAUCCGAAUUAGACUUGGUUUCAUCCAAAUGCUUUACUGCAUCUCAUAAUAGACUUUAGUUAUGAUUGAUGACAUAUAUAAAUUACAGACUCUGCAAAUGCAUCACAGCAGAUUAGUUUUUAAAGUUGAUGUUGCAUCACAAUUCUGUGAACAGAAAGUCAGAGUUGCAAUUUCUCAAUUUAAAUAUGAGACAUAAACUCAGAAUUGUGGGAUACAAAUGUGCAAAUUUAAG